GGCGGCGCGGGUGAGGUGCGUGCGGCGGUAGGGCAGGCCCGGGCACCGAGCCUCGCCUUCAGCAUCCUUCGCUUCCUCCCGCCUUCCCUGCCGACCCCGUGUCUCUUUCUCUGGGAUCCUCUCGUGCUGGGGACAGGGAGUGGCGAUUCGACGACGGGCUCGUGGGUUCGCCUCCGGCCUCCGCAGCCUCUCGUCGCUGGGCGGUGCGGACUGCAGCGCCCCCCGGGGACCCUUCCUCUCCUGGCGCCGCCUCCGCCCUCCUCGUGCGCUCCUACUCGUUCCUCUUUCCAUUUGAAUAAGAUUUGGGAAUUGUUUAAAUAUAUUUUAUUAAGAGGGAAAGGGAGACCCGACAUCUGCGGAGCAGAGAGAGUCAGUGUGGUGUAAAGGAAUUCAUUAGCCAUGGAUGUAUUCAUGAAAGGACUUUCAAGGGCCAAGGAGGGAGUCGUGGCUGCUGCUGAAAAAACCAAACAGGGUGUGGCAGAAGCAGCAGGAAAGACAAAAGAGGGUGUUCUCUAUGUAGGCUCCAAAACCAAGGAAGGAGUAGUUCAUGGUGUGACAACAGUGGCUGAGAAGACCAAAGAGCAAGUGACAAAUGUUGGAGAGGCGGUGGUGACAGGGGUGACAGCAGUUGCGCAGAGGACAGUGGAGGGUGCAGGGAACAUUGCAGCUGCUACUGGCUUUGGCAGAAAGGACCAGUUGAGCAAGGGUGAAGAAGGAACUGCACAGGAAGGGAUUCUGGAAGAUACGCCUGGGGAUCCUGACACUGAGACUUAUGAAAUGCCUUCUGAGGGAGGGUAUCAAGACUACGAACCUAAAGCCUAAGAAAUAUCUUUGCUCCCAGUGUCUCGAGGUCUGCUGACAGAUGUUCCAUCCUGUACAAGUGCUCCGUUCCAACAUGCCCAGUCAUUUCCCCAAAGUUUUUACAGCGUAUUUUGGAGUCUUCCAUCAGCAGUGAUUGAGUAUCUGUACCUGCCCCCACUCAGCAUUUCGGUGCUUCCCUCUCACUGAAGUGAAUAUAUGAUAGCAGGUCCUUGUGUGCUGUGUGGAUAUUGUGGCUUCAAAUAUAAAAUGUUAAAACAUAUUAAAAACACCUAAGUGACUACCACUUAUUCCUAAAUCUUCACUAUUUUUCUGUUGCUUUUGUUGAGAAGUUGUGACUUAUUAUCAUAUAUUAUAAGAUUUUUAGGUGUCUUUUAAUGAUUCUGUCUAAGAAUAAUGAUGUAUUGUGAAACUUAAAAACAUGUGAGCAUGAAACUAUGCACCAAUACAUAUUAACUAAAAUGUUACUGUUUUGUGGUGUGUUUUAUUAAUUUGUGUUUAUAUAUAAAUGGUGAAAAUUGAAAUAAAAUGUUAUCCAAUUA